AUGAUGAGUUGGUGGUCCUCGUCCGCCAACACAGCCUUGGAUGAGCAGGUCGAGAAGGCCACGAGCAGCAGCCUUGAAGAUAUUGCUCUUAACCUCGAGAUUUCCGAUGUCAUUAGAUCCAAGACGGUCGCGCCCAAAGAGGCGAUGCGCUCCCUCAAGAAGCGCAUCGGCAACAAGAAUCCCAACACCCAACUGAGCGCUUUAAACCUUACCGAUACUUGUGUUAAAAAUGGCGGAUCGCACUUCCUUACGGAAGUCGCAUCACGAGAGUUUAUGGACAACCUCGUAUCGCUUCUCCAAGCAGUCGGUGGUGCUGCUGUUAACGCUGACGUCAAAUCAAAAAUCCUCGAACUUAUACAAUCCUGGGCAGGUGCCACUGAGGGACGAUAUGAACUUUCAUACAUUGGCGAGGUGUACCGCACCUUGGAGCGCGACGGGUAUCAAUUCCCUCCCAAGACAUCAGUGGCUAGCAGCAUGAUUGACAGUAGCGCGCCACCUGAAUGGACCGAUUCCGACGUGUGUAUGAGAUGUCGAACGCCCUUCACAUUCACAAACCGAAAGCAUCAUUGCCGAAACUGCGGCAACUGUUUCGACCAGCAAUGUUCUGCCAAGGUGGUUGCGCUCCCCCAUCUCGGCAUCAUGGCACCUGUGCGAGUCGAUGAUGGAUGCUACGCGAAACUUACCAACAAGGGCCAUAAACUCCCCAAUCCGUCGCUCGAUCGAUCACCGACAUACCCUCAUAAGACGCGCAGUACUUCCGCUAUGCAGCCCCGGAACGCUCGAGUUGACGAUGGGUUUGAUGAGGAUUUGAAAAAAGCAUUAGCAAUGAGCUUGGAGGAAGUCACAACCCAUUCCCACGGCUUUUCUGGGCCUGUUCAAGCUACCCAUGCAACCGAUGGCAAUGCUUCGGCAGCUAAACAAGCAGAGGACGACGACGAUGACCUUAAGGCCGCUAUUGCUGCGUCCUUGGCCGAUAUGGAAGAGCAGAAAAAGAGGCACGCUACAGCGCUUAAGGAGCAAACUUCUAGCUCUGUUAAUACGUCUUCCCCCGCCAACUUUGUUCUCCCUAAGAACGAUUACGAAUUAACUCCCGUGGAAGCGGAAAAUAUCAACUUGUUUGCAACAUUGGUGGAUCGCCUUCAGACCCAGCCCCCAGGAACUAUUCUUCGCGAACCUCAGAUUCAGGAGCUCUAUGACAGCAUCGGUACAUUGAGACCCAAGCUCGCCAGAACUUACGGAGAGACCAUGAGCAAGCAUGACACACUCCUUGAUCUCCAUGCCAAGCUUUCAACCGUCGUUCGGUAUUACGACCGUAUGCUGGAAGAUCGACUUUCUAAGGCAUACAGCCAACAAAAUCUCGGCGGAUACAACCUACCUCCAACUCGCCAGCCGGCUGGCCCCUACCCUUCUAUUUCUUCUCAAAUUCCCAGCAAUCCUGGUGUUGCAGAAAGCUUUUACACUGGGCAACAACAACCCAGUUACCAGGCUUCUCCUCAACACCAACAUUACCAACAACCACCACAUGCGACAACUCAGCCUCAGUAUCCUCCAUAUGGAUCUGCGCCAGAAUCACAGCCCAGUCAAUACCCUCCUCAACAUGUCCAGGGAACUGAUAGCUGGCAGAACAGGGCACCUUCAGCACCUCAAGACCAGUAUCAGCAGCAGCCCCAGCAGUUAUCACACGAUCCAAACCAACAGGCGCAAAACGCCCAACCACCGCAGGCGCCUAUCACCAACGACCCCAACGCCUCUUAUUAUUUCACACCCCAGCAGGCCCAGCAGGCUCCUCUUGGGCCAUCUGCUCCAGGGGCAGCACCUGACGCUCCUCAGUCCCCGUAUCCUAACUUGCAAUCACCAUCUCAAUACCCUGGAGGGCCAGUGCCUGUCCCCUCACAGCCUACGCCAGGCCAAACACCCUCUCAGCCAACCCAGGCACCUCAACAACCUGUUCAGUCCCCCCAACUGCAGCACUCCCAACCACCGCAGCCCCAACAGCCUCAGAUGGGCCAGCAAGCGCCUCCCCCACAGCAGCAAGCAUACUGGCAGCCUUCUAUGCCACAGCAGCACCAGCAGCCACCCGCAGCACCGCAUAACUGGGCGUAUGGUGGUUACACGCAAGAUUCGUUCCCCUCGGUACCACAGCAGGAACCCGCGAAACAGCCUGUAAAGGAGGAGGCCCUGAUUGAGUUUUGA